CUAUUCGGUACGCUGCGGCUACACGCGGCAUUGGCAUCAAGGACCUCGAGUAUACGACUCUCAGUUAGAAAGCGCGACAAGUUGACCAUCAGAAAGAUGUCAAUUCUUUGUUUCUUUUUUUGUACACCACUUGCACAAAGUGUGCCCUUUGCGUCUCAGUGAUACGAAGUGAUAUAGUGGCUAUUUAUAAACAAUCUCGACGAUGGCAUCCUCCCUCCUCCCUCGAAUAGCCCGGCCGACGGCUCACCUCGCCCACUAUGCCCCUCGGGUCCUCUGCCCUCACACGACCGUCAGGUUAGCCUCGACAUCGAAAUCGAAGCACCCAAGCGGCUUCACCCCGCCGUCGAGAGAAGACUUAUACGAACUCCGCGAGCGCGUGCAGGAAUUCACGCGGCGCGAGAUCCCCGAAGAGACGGCCGCGCGGACAGACUCGUCGAACGAGUUCCCAAAUGAAAUGUGGAAGAAGCUGGGCGAGGCCGGAUUCCUGGGACCUACGGCGGACGAAGAAUACGGCGGCCUCUCCAUGGGCUACCAGGCACACUGCGUGAUCCUCGAGGAGCUCAGCCGGGCGUCGGCGUCGAUCGCCCUCUCUUACGCGGCGCACUCGCAACUCUGCGUGAACCAACUGUGCCUGAACGGCAGCAAGGACCAAAAGGAGCGCAUCCUCCCGGGCCUGAUCUCGGGCGACAAGGUCGGCGCGCUCGCCAUGUCCGAACACUCUGCUGGCAGCGACGUGGUGAGCAUGAAGACGACGGCCAAGAAGGUGGACGGAGGGUACAAACUCAAUGGGACCAAGAUGUGGAUCACCAACGGGCCCGACGCCGACUACAUCGUCGUCUACGCCAAGACGGAGCCCGAGAGGAAGAGCAAGGGCAUCACGGCAUUUAUCGUGGAAAAAGAAUUUACCGGCUUCAGUGUGGCGAGGAAGUUGGACAAGCUCGGCAUGCGAGGCUCCAACACUGGCGAGCUGGUCUUCGAGGACGUCUUCGUACCCACAGAGAACAUCCUCGGUGAGGUCAACAAGGGCGUCACCGUUCUUAUGGAAGGUCUCGACCUCGAGAGGCUCGUCCUCAGCGCCGGACCCUUGGGCAUCAUGCAGGCGUGUCUGGACCUCGUGCUGCCGUACACGCACCAGCGGAAACAGUUCGACACCCCCAUCGCCCACAACCAGUUGAUCCAGGGGAAAUUGGCCGACAUGUACACGAAAUUGCAGGCCAGUAGGGCUUACACGUACGAGACGGCCCGCAAGGUGGAUGAGGAAGGGGAGAUUCGGACGCAGGAUUGCGCGGGCGCCAUCUUGUACGCCGCCGAGCGGGCCACCGAGUGCGGCCUCGACGCCAUACAAUUGAUGGGCGGAAACGGUUAUGUCAACGAGAUCCCCGCCGGAAGGUUACUCAGGGACGCGAAGCUGUAUGAGAUUGGCGCGGGUACGAGUGAAAUCCGGAGGAUGGUCAUUGGGAGGGCGUUUAAUAAGGAGUACAAAGAUCAAGCUAUGUAGGGUUUGGUUUAGGAAAAUGAAAGAAAAAAAAAAUCAUCGCUCCAAGA